CCGUGCCCACCGUGCCCGUGUCGUGGCGCGCGUGUCCGUGAGUGAGUGCCACCAACUGCUCGACGCCCUCGUCGUCGUCGUCGCCGUCGACACCGUCCACGCCGUCGGCAAGGCGGCCAGCCACUCGGCGCGCGGGGAGACUAACAAGGCGCACUGUUCGUGUGGCUGAGGGAACUCGACGAACGGGACCAGCGCCGGGCCCGGAGGCUCGUCAGGAGCAGGAUGGACGACGUGGAGACGGAGAUGGCGCCGCUGCAGUCGGGCUCCGACAAGGCCACGCCCACGCACGCCGUGUCCGUGGGCGCGGGCAGCAGGCCGGGCCGCCAGGGCCGCCACCGCCACGACAUGGCGCGGCCCGGGCAGCGCGUGGCGCACUGCCUCCGCGCCAACCUGCUCACCACCCUCACCGUCAGCGGCGUGCUGUCCGGCGUGGGCGUGGGCUUCAUCAUGCGCUCCGCCAAGUCGUCGCCCUGGACGCCGCGCGAGGUCAUGUACGUCCAGUUCGUCGGCGACCUGUUCCUGCGCAUGCUCAAGGCCCUCAUCAUCCCGCUGCUCAUCUCCUCCAUCGUGGCCGCCAUCGGCGCCCUCGACCUGUCGCUGUCCUACAAGAUCGGCGCCAGGGCCAUCGUGUACUACCUCACCACCACCGUGCUGGCUGUCAUCGAGGGCAUCAUCCUGGUGGUGGUGGUGCACCCCGGGCGCGCCGACGAAGGCGUGGACAAGAUCAAGCGCGAGGGCACCAGCAGGAACGUCACGACCGUGGACACCCUGCUCGACCUCGUCAGAAAUAUUUUCCCGCCGAACUUAAUUCAAGCGACCAUCUCGCAGUAUCGCACGGUGCUGAUUCCGCCCAAGCCGGGCCGCAACGUCUCCGAGGAAACGAUGAAGAACAUGCUGAACUGGGAGAUGAAGGGCGAGUUCACGGACGGCACCAACGUCCUGGGGCUGGUGGCCUUCGCCGUGGUCCUGGGCAUCGCCAUCGGCAAGAUGGGCGAGCGGGGGAAGCCGCUGCUUGAGUUCUUCGAGUGCCUCGGCACCGCCAUGAUGGACAUCACCAACUGGGUCAUCUGGGUGUCGCCGGUCGGAGUCCUGUUCCUCGUGGCCUCCAAGCUGCUCGAGAUGUCCGACUUCCGCGUCAUCGUGGGCCAGCUGGGCAUGUACUUCAUGACGGUGCUGCUGGGCCUCUUCGUCCACGGCUUCGUCCUGCUGCCCAUCCUGUUCACCAUCGUCACGCGGAAGCUCCCCUUCAAGUUCCUGGCCAACAUGGGGCAGGCGCUGGCCACGGCGUUCGGCACGGCGUCCAGCUCCGCCACGCUGCCCGUGUCCAUGAACUGCCUGGAGGAGUUCAACAACGUGGACAUGCGCGUGUCGCGCUUCGUGAUGCCCAUCGGCGCCACCAUCAACAUGGACGGCACCGCGCUGUACGAGGCCGUGGCCGCCAUCUUCAUCGCGCAGGCCCGGGGCAUCCGCCUGGGCUUCGGCCACAUCGUCGCCGUCAGCAUCACGGCCACCUUCGCCAGCAUAGGCGCGGCGGGCAUCCCCCAGGCGGGGCUCGUCACCAUGGUCAUGGUGCUGGACACCGUCGGCCUGCCCGCGGAGGACGUCACCCUCAUCAUCGCGGUGGACUGGCUGCUGGACCGCUUCCGCACCCUGGUGAACGUGGUCGGCGACUCCCUGGGCGCGGGCAUCGUCAACCACCUCAGCCAAGUGGAGCUGGAGAAGAUGUCACGGCUGCAGCACAUCCAGGCCGGCAACCCGGGCAACGGCAAGAGCGACGGCAACGUGGCGGAAGUCCAUCUCUAAGCUUACGCUUCUGUUGCAGGUGGCGGUGUCACACUAGGCGUGUGAGGACGGGUGCUCGACGAGCACCCUUCUGGCUCUCUAUGUCGCGAGGACGCUACCUCCAUGGAAACCGAAGGCCGUCAUGGAGACAAGAGAAAUGAAUUGAGGCGUCUGGCCCGUCUGGCAGAGCGGAGAGCACCGGCUGAAGGGCUGCACGGCUGCACGGGGGAGAGGUGCUUCUUGUCCCAUCGAGGGGCGAUCAGUGAUACAGUCACCUCGAGCCAGGAAACGAAACGAAACACCAACGCUUCACGGUGAAGCAGCACGCUCACGCUUCCACUAGAGCAGUGGAUCGGCUGGGUGAAGAGGAUUAUGUGCCAUUCAAAUCUGAAGAUCUCAUGAUCUGGCAUUGCAGCAGUAAAUAUAUCGAGGCAGAGUGUACGCUACACAUGUUAAGCCGUUAAGUCAGACUAUAUAAGAGAUUUAGAUCACUUCAUGCUAGGAUCCAAAAAAGCAUAGAUUCAAAAUUGGUUCAGUUAAUAUUUGUGUUUAGAGGGAUGAAGGUGAAAUGAAGGCUUUUGUCAUAAUUGUGAGAGAGCACCUUUGCUUAAGGUGGCUCCACAGUUUGCUUUGCGUUUGAAUGUCAUUAAUGUCUCCUACUUGGGUCUGAAACAUUGCCUACUGCCAUAUAAGUUUUAUUAGAACAUGUGGCUCAAUCGAAAAGUAAUUUGUAGGAAACAGUUACCUUUACCAGGAAAGCUUUUAUGUGUAGAGUGAUCACGGGAACAUUUAUUUGCAUCAUGGAAAAUUAGGCCUCCACACAAUAUUAUGAUGAAAUUCGUGUUCAUGUGAAAGAAGAUGCCAUACUUUCACACAUAGAUUAGAGAGUACUCUGAGAAUAUGUACUGUUACUUGUUUCUCAAUAUGACAAAUUAAUGUUUGUUUUGUGGGGGAAAGGCUGUAAUGAUCUAUUGUACAUGGAAAAGCAAAGCAUUAGUUUAAAUUUAUUGGCAUUUAUUUGAUACGAAUUUAGUUAACACCCUCCACAUAAAGAGUGUUAUUAAUUCCGAAGUUUUACCAAAGAAGGGCAUUAACAAUUUACAUCAACAGAUUUACCUUGUUUCCUGUUUGUUUUUUACUCCAUCAAAGGAUGAUUGCACAGGUGGUCCAUUUUUAUGUUAUAGUAAUUGCCUGAAACUAAAUUGCCAUAUAUGUGUAUUGUUAAGUUUUGGUAAUCUAUUUCUGAGUACUUAGUACAAUUUCUAUGAGUAUUAAAACAUAAUUUUUUUUAUAAAAAAAAAUAGAAAAAAGGUAAUGGAGACAAGAAAAUAUAUCCUCUCUUGCUAAAAUUUCAGCUUCACUUUACCAAGUUAGUUGGACUUUGAAGGCCUCUUCACUAUGUUGUUAAUUUAUAAGCUAAAAAAUAUUUGUUGAGUUCAAUUAACUGACUUUAUCAUAUUUUCCUGCCUGUGAUGCUUGAUAAAUGUAAAAACUUUGACUAAUUUUUUAAUUUAAAAUUGUUGGAGACAGCAAAAACUAGUCUGAAAAUAUUUGCGAGGUUGAUGGUUGUUAGAGAGAGAAAUCAUUAGAAAAUGCUUGGGGUGUUCCAGUAGGUUAACAAAAAACACAAACUACUGCUAGCAGCUCACUUCACAUUUGCCCUUUUGUACAAUAAAGCAUAUCACAGUGAUGAGCUACACAACAUUUCAUGUAACAUUCUCAUCGUGAUGAAACUAAAAAAUUCCUCUCUUUCUAUGGAAGAAAAGUACCAGAGUUGUUGCCCUAUUCAAUUCUCUAGUUACAGGUGAAAUUGACACAUAAUCAGACUUGUGAUAAGAUCAGUCAUCAAAAAUAAAUAACAAAAGAGUAAAUCACAGGAAAAAAAACUUCACAGCCAAUCAAAAGUGAUCAUCUCUUUGACUUUCAAAGACUUGAGAUUUCACACAAAAACAGCAGAAGUGUAACUUAAAACCCUUAGAAAACAGUUUUAACCAAUGUAAAAGAAAAACAAAAUACAAAACUUGUAGGUAAAGAGCAAGCUUAACUCUGUAACCCUUUGGAAUCCUUGGCAAGUAUUAUCAAAUUUAUCUAAAUCGUUAAGGGGAAAAGCUUUAGGCAAUAGUCUAGUGCAUUGUCCAGCUCUUUUUUUCUCAAACUAUCUUGUAAGUAUAUGUGAACAGACAAUAGUUAUAUUUAAUUGAUGUAGAAGAUGUGUCUUGUACAUAACUUGCCAUGGUAACUACAUUUGCACAUGGCUCUCUCAUUGUUGCAAUGUAUAUUUUUUGCUGAGAACAUGGGUAACCAUGCCUCUUGAAGACAUUACAAUGACAAUAUAUAUAUAUUAUAGUGUUAAUGA